AUGGGUAUACAUCGGAUGAUUCAUGUUGCAAAUAUUUUUAGAUACAGCUACAGUAAAAAGCUAUAUCUAAUGUACACUGUUCAUCCUUUAACCGAAUAUAUUAUUAAUUUUUCACUUCUUCCCAUAUCUCAAUCUUUUCCCUCGUUUUCUUCCAAGAUUGGCGCUAGAAACUAUUUUAGCACUUCUGAUUUGGGUAAGUUCAAGUCCUCAACCUCUCUCUUUCAAAGGGUUGGUGCUCGUCUUCACUCUGUGUUCAAGGUUGCCAAAGACCACGACGGAGCUCAAAAGUUGUCUGAUAUUUCAAAGAAUCACCAAGUGAGAAAGAAGUACACCAUUCAGCUUGGCGAGAAUGAGCUUGUCCUCAAGUUAGACAUUUUGAAAGAAGAUGCAAAUGUGUACAAGUUGAUUGCUCCAGUUCUUGUAAAGCAAGAAUUGGCAGAGGCCAAUGCAAAUGUGCGCAAGAGAAUUGAAUACAUCUCUGCUGAAUUGAAGCAACUUGAUGGAACUCUUCAAGAUUUAGAAGAGAAGCAAAAUAGCAAAACAGAAGCGGUUUACCAAUUGGAAAGAAGGCUGCAAAGAAGCGAAAGAGGCAAGAGGAUAACUCUUCCAAUCUUACUGAUUUAG